CGAGAAGGUGGCAACGCCUGAGCGACGCUACACGUGCAGAAAGUAUUUCUGCAGAAAUUUUUAAUUUUCAACCAUUUUACCUGAAUUAUCGCCUAAACAUGUCGCUUUUACGCAUCAGAAAACCAAAAACUCGCAAGGGUAAAAAAGUGCUGUUGGCUCGGGAGCCUCAACUUGUGGAGCCGGCACGUACUAUGGUCUUUCUGGACGGACGUAAAUGUGGAGGCAAUGUGAAGCAAUGCAUGAAAGAUUUACAGCAGCUAAAGAAGCCAUUGGUUAAGGUGCUAAACCGCAAAAACGAUAUAACGCCCUUCGAUGAUCCUUCCUCUUUGGAAUUCUUGGCAAUGAAAAACGAUGCUGCGCAGUUUGCCUUUGGGUCUACAUCUAAGAAGCGGCCGGAUAAUAUUGUGCUUGGUCGCAUAUUUGAGAACGAAAUCCUCGACAUGUUCGAGUUGGGCAUUAAACGUUACCUGUCUAUUUCAGACUUUAAAAACGAGAAGAUCGGCACCUGCGUGAAACCCUGCCUUGUAUUCAAUGGUCCCAAAUGGGCGCAAACGGAGGAACUGCGUCGCUUGCGAAAUUUGUUUAUAGACACAUUCCACCGAGAAAAAGUCGAAUCUAUACGCUUGCAAGGCAUUGAGCAUGUCCUUAGUUUCACUGUCACCGAUGACAUGAAUAUUUUGAUGCGUUCUUAUCAAAUAUUACUAAAAAAGUCGGGCCAGAAGACACCGCGCAUUGAGUUGGAGGAAAUUGGUCCAUCGGCCGAUUUCUCUAUACGUCGCACGAAAAUCGCGUCUGAGGAUUUGUACAAACAGUCCAGAAAGCAGCCCAAACAGCUUAAGGUCACCAAAAAGAAGAAUAUCACCACGGACGGCUUGGGCAAUACCAAGGGACGUGUACAUCUGGGCAAACAGGAAACUGGAUCCAUACAGACACGUCGCGUCAAGGCGCUUAAAAAGACACCAGAGGAGAAACGCGCCGAUCGCCAAAAGAAGAAGGUUGCACUGAAGGCAGCAGCGAUUGAAGCUUUGACGGCAUCAGGUUAAGAUGUUUGUAGUUAGUUUUACUAGUAAUAAAUUGGUCCAGCUUAUAACAUACACCUAAAA